CCCGCUCUUCUGUUCCCCCUUCCAUUUGCACGCGUCGACGAGCGCGUCGGUCGCCACGAUGUCCUUCGGAAGCUUUGGAUCCACGCUCAAACCCGCCGCCUCCACACCAUCCCUCUUCGGGAACACCAACACCGCGCAGAACAAUCAGCAAAAGCCUGCUGGCGGUCUCUUCGGCGGGUCCUCGACCUUUGGGCAGCCUCAGCAGCAGCAGGGGAACACAGGCGGCGGGCUGUUUGGGAACACAAACUCGAAUGCGUCCACAACGAACACAGGCACUGGCGGUGGCGGCCUCUUUGGGAACACGGGCGGCAAUCAGCAGCAGGGAUCGUCGCUGUUCGGGCAGUCGAAUCAACAGCAGCAGCAACCUGCGACCGGCGGAGGCCUAUUUGGCUCGACCAUGAACACCAAUACCGGCACGGGCGGCGGUCUCUUUGGAUCGACGAGCAAUAACACGAACACCGGGACGAGCGGCGGUGGUCUCUUCGGCAACACAUCCAAUACCAACACGUCCAACACGGGAACUGGCGGUGGUCUCUUUGGCUCGACGACUAACACUAACACCGGUGGCGGCGGCUUGUUUGGCUCGACCAGCAACACCAACACGAACACCGGCGGUGGGCUCUUCGGAUCGAGCAAUGCCAACACGAAUAACAGCAACACUGGAGGGGGCGGGCUCUUUGGGUCUACCAACACGAAUACGAACACGGGAGGCGGGCUGUUUGGGAACACGCAGAACCAGCAGCAGAAUCAGGGCGGAGGAGGGCUCUUUGGGAGUACAAAUAACAGCAACAGCCUGUUUGGCGCGAAGCCGUCAACAGGCGCGCAACAACCACUAGGCAUGUCAUCCCUUGGUUCACAACAACAAGGAGCCCCUCCCUUCACGAAAUCAACGCGAUUUAACGACCUUCCCGACAACUUGAAGCGCGUCUUCGAGCAGAUCGACUCCCACAUUCAAAGCCAGGUGCAGAUCAGCAAGGACCUGCAGCAGCGGAAGAUGGGCGAGGAGGCCGUGAAGGGCCAGCAGGCGAUUCGGUCGGUGCACAAGGACCUCGUCAACGCGAUGGCGACCAUCAACCGCGACCUGCAGCAGGCGAAGGACCUGUGGCACAAAUCUGAGCAGGCGACGCAGGAUCUCAUCACGGGCAUGAACAUCGUGAACGGCGCGAAGAACCCGCAGGCGUAUGGCGCGCAUCUGAAGGACUUUGCGGGGUUUCCGUUGGAAUACUUCAUUCGCAUUACAAAGGAGAUGAAGGUUCGGUUGGAGUGGUAUAAGACGACACUGGAGCAAGCCGAACGGAAACUGUCGUCGCAGGCCAACCAGGCGCAGAUCACGCCGCAAUUCAUCACCACCAGCCUGCAGGCGCAGAACUCCGCCUUCUUGGCGCUCGCGGCGAAGACGGCGACGCUGGACGCGGAGCUGAAGAAGAUCAAGGAUCUGUAUAGGAAACUCUGGCGAGAAAAGAACGCAAGUUUACGAGACCCAUUCAACGAGUUGGACCGGGACGAGAAGCAGCAGCCGGGGUCGCAAGACUUCGGGAUGAGCCAGAUGCGUGUAGGCUGAGGUACUUUGGAAUGAAGGCGAUGUUCGUUGCUUUGUGUUUGUACGUGUACCCUUUGUCUCGAUGCAUUUGCUCGCUUGGAUUAGAUGGAUUCACUGGGAAGUCCGUUUUGCGAAGGUAUAGAGGCAGCCUUGCCGACGUAACUACCUGCCCGAAG